AUGUGCAAGGCCCUGCGAUCUCGCAUUGCUUGCGCUGUCGGCGUGGCGGAGGAUCUCAACGACGCAUACAAGAACCUCGACGGCGUAAUCGGACGCGCCUCGUACCAGCACUCUAUCGAGGACAUCCGCCAGCAUGUUCUCGCCAUCUUUGGGCCCCUGAUCACGGUGGCACUGGACUUCUUGUCGCCAUUCAUAUCGCAAGACGCUCAGCCAGCGGAACUUCACUAUCCGCGGGAACACCUUCGCCAGAUCCUGAGGAUUAGGGCCAAUGGCAUCACGUACGACAGCGGCUUGACGCAGUUUGAAGCGCUGCUGAGCACGGAUAAUAAGUUGGCGGCUUCGCUUCUCAACCGCGACUUGCUUAUGGCGCUAGAGGUUAUCUGA